AUCCGACCAUCCACUUUGCCAUACGGUGCCCCAGUACUCUGCACACCGAAACCGGACGGAAGCCUGCGCAUGUGCAUCGACUACCGAGCUCUCAACAAGCAGACCAUCAAGAAUAAAUAUUCGAUACCGCGAAUCGAUGACCUGCUUGACCCGCUUCGGGGAGCUACGGUAUUUUCCAAACUGGAUCUGCGGUCCGGAUACUGGCAGAUACGGAUGGCGGACAACUCUAUCCACAAAACUGCUUUCCGAGCUCGGUAUGGAUCGUACGAGUAUUUGGUAAUGCCGUUUGGACUCACCAACGCACCGGCAACGUUCCAAGCCGAAAUGAACCACAUUCUACGACCACUUUUGGACGAGUGCGUGAUGGUGUACCUGGACGACAUCCUCAUCUACUCGCGCGACAUGAAGCAGCACGUCGAACACCUGCGACGCGUCUUCGAAAUUCUUCGACGAGAACGAUUCUACGUCAAACUGUCCAAGAGCGAAUUCACCCUUGAGAAGGUCCAGUUCCUGGGACACAUGGUCAGCACUCAAGGAGUUCACGUCGACCCCAAGAAAAUCGAAGCCGUACGUACGUGGAAGACACCCGAGAACGUGAAGGAGUUGCAGCAGUUCCUAGGCUUCGCUAAUUAUUACAACAGGUUCGUGCCACAGUAUGCGAAACUUGCAGCACCACACAUGAAUCUGCUGAAGAAGAACACGCCCUACAAAUGGGAGCCGAAGCACCAGGAAGCCGUGGAGCAGCUGAAACAAGCACUUACGUCCGCACCAGUACUCAUCUUGCCAGAUCCCGAACGCGACUACGUAAUCGAAGCUGACGCCAGCGACCAGGCAGUGGGAGCAGUCUCAAUGCAAGACCAGGGGAAUGGACUGCAACCAAUUGCCUACCUGAGCAAGAAACUGCACGGGGCAGAACUAAACUACCCGAUACACGACAAAGAGGCCCUUGCCAUCGUCAUCGCCUUCAAAGCGUGGAGAUGUUAUCUCGAAGGACGAAGAACAACCGUCUACACCGACCAUUGCAGCCUGAAAUACUUGAAGACACAACCCAACCUUUCCAGGCGGCAGGUCCGGUGGAUCGACUUCCUCGAGACACACUUCCACUACGACAUCGUGUACAAGCCCGUCCACAAAAACAAAGCAGACGCCCUCAGCCGGCCUACACACGUUGCCGCUAUUCAGAUCGAAGGGAUGAAUCCACUCCUCAAGGGACUCUUCACACACGGGUAUGCCAUCGACCCCGAAAUUCCCUUGGCAAAAAAGCGACAUCUGCUACGGUGGGAUAGUGACAUCGCGUACCGGAAAGGAUCAACAAAAAUCUGGGUACCCAAUUACCCUCCUUUGCGCCAGUUACUACUCGAAGAAUACCACGACGUCCUCUACGCCGGACACUUCGGUAGCAACAAGACGCUGACCGGUAUUGCGAAACACUACUACUGGCCCCACUUGGCAGAGGAUGUUCAGAAAUUUGUCACCUCGUGUGAUACAUGUUUGCGGAUGAAGAGCAGCAAGCAGAAAAAGGCGGGACUACUGCAGCCUCUUCCUGUCCCAGAACAGCCAUUGCAAGUGGUUAGCCUGGACUUCAUCACCGGGUUACCACCUAUCACUAGCGGUCAUGACGCAAUCCUUGUCGUCAUCGACAAGUUCUCCAAAAUGGGCCACUUCAUUCCGAAGCACACGACAGCACGCACCGAGGAGACAGCACAACUAUUCGUUCGAUACAUCAUCUCACAGCAUGGCAUUCCAACCACACUUAUCUCCAACCGAGACCUCAAGUUCACCAGCAAGUUCUAGAAGGAAAUCAUGUCUCUGCUC